CACAGUACGCAACAAGUGCAAAGAAAAAUGGCGACACUAAAGACAAUAGCUAUUGUAGUAGUCCUCGUCCACUUUGUUCUGGAUGUCUAUGGCUUGUCGUCAGACGACACUUGCAGAGAGAGGCUUGAUAAACUGGAGAAACUAUUGGCGAACCUAAACGACAAAUUCGAAAACCAUCAAACGGACAACACCAAAGUAGACGCGAUGUUCAAAGUAAUUCAAGACGAAAAUAGUUACCUGAAAAGUAGACUGAAAUCUUUAGAAGAAAUUGUUCUCACCUCCAACCGCCGGACGGAGAAACUUGAAGCUAAGAUUGCAGAUUUAGAAUCUUUAAACUGGUUUCUGAAAUCCAGAUUGACAACAACAAACACUAACUAUAGUUUCGAUGAGAAAUAUUCGAGUACCUUAUUUGGAAAUCUGAAAACAUAUGAUUCACAUAAAGAAAACACGACUACCGGGCCAUCAACAACUCACGGCAAUAAGACGAAGAUACAACGCCAAACUACAAUGCUUAAACGCAAAACUAACCAGCAAGAGAAAAAACCGAGAGCAUCUAACGAAAAACGUCUCCUGACAGGAAUCCAGUCAACCUCCACCCCAUUCCCGGAUGAAGCUGCAUUUUCUGCAUACGUGUCUGUCUAUGAAACAGACAUAUCUAAGGAUUUCACCAUUCACUUUGACACCAUCGUAACAAACAUCGGCAACCAUUAUAACAAACAUACAGGAAUAUUCACCGCGCCACAACACGGUGUUUACGUAUUUACGUGGAAUCUCUACUGUAACACAGGAGGGUACAUACAAUCUCAGCUUGUUGUGAAUUCUAAUGUAGUUGGGGCUAUGUUAACAAACGCACAGGGUGCUUCAAAUAUCCGAAGCCAUACAGGUAUUGUGGUUGUUGAGGUGAACCAGGGCGAUGUGGUAUUUGUUCGUACUCACCCUACACAUAGUCACAUCGGAAAUCUCUACAGUUACAUAGACUGGCGAUCAUCCUUUAAUGGCUGGAAACUGUACUGAGUAUCAAUAAAAUGGAUUCUUUACAGCUAAAAUGAAAUGGUAUCGCAGUAUAUGGAGAUGUCGGUCAUUUCAGAUGCAUGUAUUUAUAAGCAACAUCAUAUGAAAUUUAGAAAAAGAGAUCAUGAUUCAAAUAUUA